AUGGCCCCCAAAAAGAACAAGACAGCCAAGAAGAAUAAAGGAGACAUCAAUGAGAUGACAAUUAUGGUUGAGGACAGUCCUGUCAACAAGAUCAACGGGCUAAACACACUUUUGGAGGGCGCCAAUGGCUUCAGCUGCAUUUCAACUGAGGUUACCGAUUCUGCAUAUGCCCCCAACCUCCUGGAAGGUCUGAGUACCAUGAGGCAUGAUAGUUUCCUCUGUGAUUUAACAGUUGCUACCAAGUCAAAGUCCUUUGACGUUCACAAAGUUGUUAUGGCUUCAUGCAGCGAAUACAUACGCAACAUCCUGAAAAAGGAUUCAAUGCUGCAAAAGAUUGAGUUGAAUGACCUCUCACCUGUGGGCCUUGCCACAAGCAUUACAUACGCAUACUCUGGAAAGCUCACCCUGUCACUCUAUAGCAUCGGCAGCACCAUUGCGGCGGCUAUGCUCCUGCAGAUCGGCACCCUAGUGAAGAUGUGCAGUGAAUUCCUCAUGCAGGAACUCAGUGUUGAGAACUGCAUGUACGUGGCCAACAUUGCAGAUGCCUACGAUUUAAAAGAAACCAAGGAGGCGGCGCAGAAGUACAUGCGGGACAACUUUAUUGAGUUCUCCGAGAUGGAGCAGUUCCGGAAGCUCACCUAUGAGCAGAUCAGCGACUUCCUCUCGGAUGAUUCGCUACAGCUUCCCUCUGAAGUCACAGCCUUCCAGAUUGCCAUGAAAUGGUUGGACUUUGAUGAGAAGCGGUUUAAGUAUGCUGCAGAUCUUUUAACUCACAUCCGCUUCGGCACUAUCUCUGCCCAAGACCUGGUGAAUCACAUCCAGAGCGUGCCAAGAAUGAUGCAAGACCACGAGUGCCACCGUCUCCUAGUGGAUGCCAUGAACUACCACCUGCUGCCGUACCAACAGAAUAUCCUUCAGUCGCGUAGAACAAAGGUACGCGGUGGCCUCAGGGUGAUACUCACAGUUGGAGGACGCCCUGCCUUGACAGAGAAAUCUCUCAGCAAGGACGUCCUAUACAGGGACAUCGACAACGUGUGGAAUCGGUUGACAGAAAUGCCAGCAAAGAGUUUCAAUCAGUGCGUGGCAGUGAUGGAUGGCUUCCUGUAUGUAGCGGGAGGUGAGGAUCAGAACGAUGCAAGGAACCAGGCCAAGCAUGCUGUCAGUAACUUCUGCAGGUAUGACCCCCGCUUCAACACCUGGAUUCAUCUGAGCAACAUGAUCCAACGGCGCACACACUUCAGUCUUAGCACUUUCAGUGGGCUUUUGUUUGCUGUUGGCGGGCGUAAUGCUGAUGGUGUUCAGGCAUCGAUGGAGUGCUAUGUCCCAUCUUCCAACCAGUGGCAGAUGAAAGCACCUAUGGAGGUACCACGCUGCUGCCAUGCAAGCUCAGUCAUCGAUGGAAAGAUCCUCGUUUCAGGAGGCUACAUCAACAACGCCUACUCCAGGGCUGUUUGCUGGUAUGAUCCAUCCACUGACUCCUGGCAGGAUAAGAACAGCCUGAGCUCGCCUCGUGGUUGGCACUGCGCCGCUACAGUGGGAGAUCGUGCCUACGUCAUCGGUGGCAGUCAGCUGGGAGGUCGUGGGGAGAGGGUGGAUGUCCUGGCUGUUGAGUCUUACAUCCCUCACACCGGGCAGUGGAGCUACUGCGCUCCUCUACACACAGGCGUGAGCACGGCCGGCGUUGCCGUUUUGAACAGCAAGAUGUAUCUCCUUGGUGGUUGGAAUGAGGGUGAGAAAAAAUACAAGAAAUGCAUUCAGGUGUACAAUGCUGACCUCAAUGAAUGGACUGAGGAGGACGAGUUACCGGAAGCAACAGUUGGCAUUUCGUGCUGUGUGGUCACCAUCCCCACUCGAAAAACAACACGAGAGUCUAGAGCAAGCUCAGUUUCAUCAGCGCCAGUCAGUAUAUAA